GCAUUGCAUUUGAUUACAAAAGGUUUUGACCCGAAACAAAUCGAAUUGCCUGCCGAAGACGAAUUAGGAGAAACCGUCUACAAAAUCUACGAUUCCAUCAGUACGUACAUGAAUCGCUUACAGUCGACGGUUCGAAAAUGGACAGAGGAAGGCCUGCGAGGAAGCGGGCUGAUUGAAUGUUGCAGUGAUGCACAUCCGGUGUCCAGUGUCUUUGAACAUCGAAUUGGUCAGCUUGAAAAGAAGAUCGAAAAAAUUGCUUUUUUUAUCGGAUUAUCACUGAUGUUCAAAAUACCGCAAUGUAUACCU